GCCUCUCUCUCUCCAGCAGCAUGACAUGUUUGAAAUGCUUAAUACUUGAAAGGCAAAUGCUUACAGUGGUCAGAGAGUUCCAAAUGUUGCUGUAGACCUAUUUUGGGUAAAAGGAGAUGGUGGUUACCUGAUCAAUUAAGAAAUAUUUUUAUAGAUUAAAUCGUAUUGUUGUCUUUCGGGGACAUGACACGAAGUUCAAUAUUGUCAGCUACCUAUUGACACUAUUCUAUUGUUGAUUAUUCCAGUAAUGACGUGAGAAUACUAAAACUAAUUUUGGGAAGAAACAGGAAAGGAAUUCUUAGGUUGCUCAAUUUAUCCUUGCUCUUUCAAAGAGAAAACAACCCCACCCCCAUAAGAAAACAAUAAAUAUAUGUUGAUUUAAAGGGGAAAAAAAAAGAUAAAGAGGCAGCAGCAGGACACCAGAGGAAGAAAUCAUCAUGGCAGCACUAGAAUCAUUAAGCACCCAACAAAGUUUAAAUCAUUAGCUGAACCACGCGUAAGCAAACUUUUUUAUUUUCCUAAGCAAUCUCUGCGGAAGGGAAAUUGGAAAUCCAAGAGAUGAAUCAUCCACUGAUUAUUCAUGGUCAUCUGCUGCUUGCGGCUACUCUCGUUCUAUUUGUUAACUUGGGCGAAUCUUCUCCGCUGCUUCAAGGAAAAAGCUUCCCCCACAUGACUUCAGAUGUCAAUGAGGUCUCAGGAAAGUCGUUUGAUUACAUUAUUGUUGGGGGCGGCACGGUGGGUUGCUCCCUGGCAGCAACUCUUUCAGAGAAGUUCUCUGUGUUAGUGGUAGAAAGAGGAGGCUCCCCUUAUGGAAACCCUUUGGUGGCAAGUAAGAUGUACUAUGGUUUCUCACUGCUUCAGACUGAUGAAUUUUCAUCGGUGGCUCAAAGCUUCAUAUCCAAGGAUGGCGUUAUGGGCCAUAGAGGAAGAGUUCUUGGUGGAUCAUCAGCUGUAAAUGGAGGCUUCUAUAGCAGAGCCAGUGAUGAUUUUGUUGAAAAGGUUGGGUGGGAUAAAGAGCUGGUGAAGGAAGCUUAUGAAUGGGUUGAGUUCAAAAUUGUUUCCAAGCCUGAGCUGACGAUGUGGCAAUCUGUCGUUGAAUUUGGUCUCCUUGAAGCCGGAUUUCUACCUUACAAUGGAUUCAGCUGGGAACAUAUUGAGGGAACAAAAAUCGGUGGGACUAUUUUUGAUGAAUUUGGAAUAAGGCAUACAUCAGCUGAUCUUUUGGCUGCAGGUAAUCCAGGAAAUAUCACAGUUCUGUUAACUGCAACAGUACGGAAUAUCAUUUUCUACAGCAAUGGUGAAAGGAACGAGACAACAACUCGUGGCAUUCAGUUCAUCAAGAGCGAUGGAAGCAGCAAUCAAACUUUCGAAGCUUACCUUAACCAACCGGACAAUUCAAGUUCAUGGGGAGAAGUUAUUUUGUCAGCAGGAGCACUAGGCAGUCCCCAAAUCCUAAUGUUAAGUGGCAUAGGACCAAAAAAGCAUCUCCAGAAUUUCAGUAUCCCAGUUGUGUUGAACUUGAAAGGCGUCGGCCGAGAGAUGAAAGACAACCCUGCCAUUGCCCUUUUAGCAGACACAAAACCAGAAUAUCGGCUGCCAGAUACACCUCAAGUUGCAGGCAUUGCAAAAGACUUCAAAUUCAUAGUACAAGGUGGAACCGUACCAAUAAGCUUCAAUGCAACAAGAAUGCCAAUUGCUAUCAAGCUUGCAUUUCCAGAAUCUAAAGGGAAGCUGAAAUUAAACAGCACAGACCCAAGGCAGAACCCCUCGGUUCAAUUCAACUAUCUAGCCAAGGAAAAAGACAUGGAAGGAUGCACAGAGAUGGUUCAAGUGCUUGAAAGAGUAACAAAGUCUGACUCAGUUGCUCUGUUCCUGAAGACUGUACCCCAGAAUAAUUUGAUGUCCAAUCCUGAUGAGCUGAGAAAUUUCUGCAAGAAGAACGUUAGAACCUAUUAUCACUACCAUGGGGGCUGCACUGUUGGUUCAGUUGUUGACAAGGAUUACAAAGUCUAUGGAGUAAAAGGCUUAAGGGUUAUAGAUGGCUCAACAUUCCUGGAAUCCCCAGGCACAAAUCCAAUGGCUACCGUGUUAAUGCUGGGAAGGUAUCAAGGGAUCAAGAUUCUAAGAGAGCGACAGAAUGCUUCCAUCUCUACUAGCCAAGAAUACCCAUAGCCAAAAACUUGUGCUUCAGUUAUCAAUAUCACCAUUAAUAUUAAAGAAUGUCAAAAUUAUCUCAUCUUC